CUGGCCAGAACACAGUAGGAGGACUCUUUGUGACUCUGUCGGAGCUUUCUGUAAUGUGGGACUGGCAUUAAGGUCCCCCGGUAUGGGGACCCUGGUACUGUGCGCACACUGGGACAGAGGGGAGCCCCCGGGACUAUAAGUAGAAUUUUCAGUAUCCCAGGAGGCACUAUGACCCACGGGACUCCAGGCAUGCAGGGCAAGAGCAGCAGGGGGAGGCUGCUGGGGCUGCUCACACUACUUUGCUGCCUGGUGCACAGCCUCGCAGGACUGAAUGUUUGUACAAGCCGGAGCAUAACCUUAGAAUCCUGCCAAGAGUGCCUACUUAUUCACCCCCAGUGUGCUUGGUGCUCACAAGAGGAGUUUGGCAGCUCCAGGACAACAACGUCCAGAUGUGAUUUUGUGGAAAAUCUCGUUAGUAAAGGCUGCUCACUGAAAUAUAUAGAGCACCCUGGAAGUAACGUCUCUAUAACUAGGAACCUCCCACUUAGUAGCAAAGGAUCUGGUUUCUCAGCCUCUGACUUUAUACAGAUGACCCCACAGAGCCUUUCCCUAUCUCUCCGGCCAGGUGCUGAAGUCUCUUUUAGAGUGGAUGUGCGGCAGGUGGAGGACUACCCUGUGGAUCUGUAUUACCUGAUGGAUUUGUCAUUAUCCAUGAAAGAUGAUUUAGAUACCAUCCGGAACCUUGGAACUAAGCUGGCAGCAGAGAUGAAGAAGUUGACUAGCAACUUCCGUCUAGGCUUUGGAUCCUUUGUGGAUAAGAAUGUUUCUCCCUUCUCCUACACUGCACCCAAAAAUCAAAACAAUCCUUGCACUGGUUACAAACCCUUUCCAAACUGUGUUCCAUCCUUUGGAUUUCGCCAUCUUCUCUCUCUCACGGACAAAGUAAACAAUUUCAAUGCUAUGGUCCAGAAGCAACGGGUAUCGAGGAACAGGGAUGCGCCAGAGGGUUGCUUUGAUGCCAUCUUGCAAGCAGCGGUUUGCAAAGAAAAGAUUGGCUGGAGGAAGGAGGCAUCUCACCUACUUGUUAUAACAACUGAUGAUGUUCCUCACAUAGCACUUGAUGGCAAACUGGCUGGUCUGGUACAGCCACAUGAUGGCCAGUGCUACCUGAAUGAUGCCAAUGAAUACAGCGCAUCCAGCCAGCUGGAUUACCCAUCACUUGGCAUGCUUGGCGAGAAACUUUCUGAGAAUAACAUUCACCUAAUAUUUGCUGUGACCAAAAAUUUUUAUGUGCUGUAUAAGAAUUUCACAGCUUUGAUUCCUGGGACGACAGUAGAAAUUUUGGAUGUGAACUCUCAAAACAUCAUCCAGCUGAUUGUUAAUGCUUACAAUAAUAUUCGCUCCAAAGUGGAGCUCACAGUUUCCGAUAGUCCUGAGGAUAUCAACCUGAGUUUUUCAGCCACAUGUCAGGACGGUUUGUCCUAUCCAGGAGGACGCAAGUGCGGAGACAUGAAGAUUGGAGACACUGUUUCCUUUGAUGUUUUUAUUGAAGCACGGAGCUGCCACCCUCCAGACACUGUGCACACUUUUGCCAUCAAGCCAGUCGGAUUCCGGGACACUUUGGAAAUUACUGUGACUUACAACUGCAGCUGUGACUGUUCUCAGUUGGUGGAGACGGCAAGUGAGAAAUGCAGCAAUAAUGGCACCUAUGCCUGCGGUGUAUGCGACUGUGACUCUGGAUUCCUGGGAGCACAUUGUGAGUGUGGAGAAGAGGAGGGAGGCAGUGAUGUGUCCCAGAAUGCAUGUCGUGAGUCAGAGGGAAAGACCAUAUGCAGCGGACGGGGCAGGUGCAGUUGCGGCUUAUGCGUGUGCUACGAGAGCGAGUUUGGACGUAUCACUGGCUCAUACUGCGAGUGUGAUGACUUCUCAUGUGCUAGGUACAAGGGCAAACUUUGCUCAGGUCAUGGAGAGUGUGAUUGUGGAGAGUGUAAGUGCCACGCUGGCUUUAUUGGUGACAACUGCAACUGCACCACAGAUAUCAGCGGCUGUGUGUCGGAGGAUGGCCAGCUCUGUAGUGGGAAGGGCACCUGUUUGUGCGGUCAGUGCCAGUGCAUUGAGCCAGGAGCCUUUGGACAGACGUGUGAGAAAUGCCCAACGUGUCCUGAUGCCUGUGGAACCAAAAGAGAUUGCAUCGAAUGUAGAUUGUACCAGACUGGGCGACUGGCUGAUAACCAUACAUGUCACAGACUCUGUAAGGAUGAGAUUGUCACAGUUGAUUUGCUUGAAACAAGCAAUCCUGAAGCUGUUCUGUGCAGUUACAAGACUGAGAAAGACUGUCUCAUGAGAUUUAUGUACACUGAAGAGGAGGAAAAGUCUAUCCUCACUGUUCUCCGGGAACCAGAAUGUGGCUCUGCACCUGACGCACUGACUGUCUUGCUGGCUGUAGUGGGCAGCAUUCUACUGGUUGGAUUGGUUCUUCUGGCAGUCUGGAAGUUGCUUGUUACUAUUCACGAUAGGCGUGAAUUUGCAAAAUUUCAAAAUGAACGAACAAGAGCCAGAUAUGAAAUGGCUUCCAAUCCACUCUAUCGGCAGCCAAUCUCAACUCAUAACUUGGAUGAAGUUUUCAGUAUGGUGGGCAAAUCCCAUAAUGGCACGAUGGACGGAUUUAGACCCAUUAAAGAGAUGGAGUGAGAUCCUCUUUAACCUUUAAUGGAGAUUUUUUUCUAAAAUAUAAAUAAAAACAACAGCGCAGGAAGGCACGUGUCUCAGACAGAGCUUAUUUGCACAAUUAGUUCUCUGCUGGGCGGUUAGACCCACAACUAAUAAUUCACAGCAGAGACUGGGAGUCAUUCCGAAAACACUGCAAAACGUUGUUACUGCUGAUGAAACUGCUUCAUGACAAGAGGAUAGUAGCUCCAUAUCCACAAACCAAACUGAUACAGCACUGUUUCUUAACUGGUUCUAUCAGGAUCAUAAACCCAACAAGCCUUUGAACUGUGAUGUACAACAGGACUGGCUCAGUUUUGCGACAAACAAAUGAGGACAUUUGAAAGUUUACGUAAUACGUAGGGUAGAGAUGGGUUUAAUACAGUUGUGCCAUAUUUUUAUAACAUAAUACUUCUAUAUUUUUAUUGUGAUUAUUUACUGAGGUGCGCACAGACAGUAAAUCCAACUGUACGUUUAAUGAUCAAUUCAUCUGCUUUUUAGGAAUACAGAGAAAUUUGUUUUAAAUGUAACAAAUCAUAGUCUCCCAAUAGUCAGAUAGUAAAAAAGCAUCACAUUUCUGUUUUUGGUACAUGCCAGGAAGAGUAUUUGGCACUUUUUCUAUCAUUAAAUACAUUUUAACAAUAAGAAAACAUUUCUUCAAUUUAUCCCAAGGACCAACACAGGGUAAGAUAUGAUCACUGUACUUGUUACCUGUCAGGUAAGUGUUAGCUCAGAUAAUAUAUUUGGGUAAAGAAUGUACUGCUGCAAUGUUUGUAAUAACCUUAAAUUAAUAAAGGGAGAAAAAAAAACAGUUAAUAAA